UUAUUGAUACAUUAUUUGUUUUAAAAAGAGGAAAUUUUAAAGAAUAUAAAAAAAAAAAACGUAUACGUAUGUGAUAUUUGAGAUUUGAAAAUUAUAUUCUAUAACCAAAAACUGUUCGUUGUGAAAGUUUUUCUUGAAAUUUCGUCAAUCAUAUGAAUGCUUAAAAGUUGUAUUCGUAGAUAGAUAACUAAGAUAAAAAUUAAAACAUGUAUCAAGACACUAAUAUUUUUUAACAACAAGUUUUGAUCAUGACAACGGUGAAAGUUCAUGGCGGAAUAGAUAUAUUGCGGCUACCUGUUAAUGAAGAAGAGCAUGUCUUUCCACCAUGGCAAAUCAAAUACACUCAAUCUCAUAUACUUCACUCCAAGUGUUCAAAAAGCGAGAAUGGCUGCGGUGACCAAGACGCUACUGCUUGCCAGUUUUGCAUAUAUAGUAAAACUUUAGAACUGCCACAUAUGCCAGAUAUGGUAUUUCCAAAUAACGUAUUAACUCUGAAACAUCGAGAUGGAGCUGUUUUGCAAUUCAAUGCGCUUGAUGCAUUAAAAUAUGUUUCUAAUGGGAAAAUCAAUGUACAACUUGCUUGCGCCGAAGCAUGGAAAGAAUCAAGAUCCGAAAGCAGUGAAUUUUUAGAGGAGAAAGUUAAGCCAUUCGAUUGGACUUUUACAACCAAUUAUACAGGUACAAUAUCUGGAUUUCAUUUGGAAGAAACAAAUGAAAGAAUUGAUUUAGACAAAUUGAGAAGAAAAGAAAAAAUUAGGUUUUAUCAUGAUUUAACACUUUUUGAAGACGAGCUUCAUGAUAAUGGCAUCGCUGUAUGUUCUGUUAAAAUUCGUGUAAUGCCUACUAGUUUCUUCAUUCUCCUACGUUAUUUUUUGAGAAUUGAUAAUGUUAUGUUAAGAAUAAAGGAUACUCGCAUUUAUCACGAAUUUGGGCAAAAUUAUCUGCUACGAGAAUUUACAACUCGGGAAGCCAAAGUUCAAGACAUUCAUGUAUCUCCAGUAUUGUUCAUAGAACCAAGUGAGAUAGCACCUCACUUACCGCUAACUGAAAGUUACUAUCAUAAAUUGAUUGUACAAUCGAAAGAAGAAUCGAAAAUAGAGGAUGGAACGUCGACUUCUGUUGAUAACACAGUAGAUAAUACUAUUACUUAAUCUUUAUAGACAUUUUCUGAAAAACAAAAAAAAAUGAGUGAUAUCAAAUAUACUCAAUCACAAUUUAUUACCUAAAGAAAAAGAACUAAAAACUUGCACGUAUUUUGCAAUUGAAAAAAAAAAAAAAUUAUAAAAUACUUUUCAGAAAAUAUAUAGGAUAUUGAUUUUAUAUGAUGAAUAUAAUUUGCUUGAAAUCAGGCCACAGUAGUACAGAAAAGGAGUAUGUAAUUUCUAUAUGAGAUGCAACGUAUAAAAAAAAAAAAAAAAAAAAAAAAACUGUUAAACAAUAAUUUUCUGUUUAAUCCGUAAUAAAGUCGUUUCACAUAAAAAAAAAUUAUCAAAUAUCUUUGUAGUAUAAAUUAUUUACUGGAAUCAAGUAUUUCAUUCGUAUCCAUUAGCUUAUCAGAAGAAAGUCAUUAUCAAACGAGAGAUUAAAAUAUCUAUUUCUGGUAAGAUACAAUAUAAAUAUAUAGCUCCGUAAUAAUAGAUCCACGCAUUAAUUUUCCCAUUUGAUUUUUUAGAUGAACGUCUUAAUUCUGGAUACAAAUAGUUCGAUAAGACAACACAUUACGUCUUGAGUAUAAUGUUGAAUGAAAAUGAAAAUGAUAUAAAAUGGGGCAGAUCGUAUAACGAGGCAACCGUACUAUAAACGUAUUCAUAAAGACCAACGAUAUACUGAUAAUAAAAUCGUACAUCUAUACAUACUGAGACAACGUAUGUCUAUAUACCGAUAGAUUUCAUUUCAGAAUUAUCAACGAGUUUUGUCUUCAAGGAAUAAAAUCAAUAGGUAUACAGCAGUUGUAAUAUUAUAUAAAAAAUAUAAUUUCAAUUUUGCAAAGAUUUCA